AUGGCGAGAGAUUUUGGAACGCUGAGACUUUAUGGAUUCGUAUUGGUGGCAAGCCUUUUGGGUCAUCGGAUGGUGACAUGGAUAGCUCCAAGAGGAGGUCCACGAGCCCGAAGAGAAUGCUCUUCCCUGGGUCGCCAGGCUUCUGAGGAGAGUCCUGAGGAGCGAAAUCUCUGGCGUGAAGCUCCCCAACGUGCGCUGGCUGAUGCCUUAGCGCGGGCAGAUGCGAAAUGGCUUAUGCUGCAAGAUGAGGCGGAUGCCACCGAGACUGACAGCGCUGCAGACGAGCGAUCGUGGAGAGCAGCUGCUGUAAUGGCUGAGAGUGCGCUAGACAGGCUACGGCCCUACACAGUUCCUGCCAAGUAUGUAGACAUCCCACCACUACGAGGUUCCGAGGAGGCGCUCCUCGAUUUCCUUGGCGAUGACGCCCGGCUGGUUUUCAACUUCCUGUCGCAGGUAGAGCGACUCUCUCCUGCAGGUCAGGCCUUCUGGCAGGCUGAGUUGUACCUCCGCCAACUCGACGAGAUUGCUGGCGAGACAGAGGUAAGACAAGCAGCGGAAGAGGCAAAAGAGAGAGUUGAGGCAGAACCAGAGGCUUUGCAAUUGGCCCUUCGAGGAAGUGUGUUGCUGGCUCGACAAAACUUCAUUUCGGCUGCUCGCUUUGGUUACUUUUUGCAACGAAGUUUGCAACGCUGGGGUGCCAAAGGAUGGACUAUGGAAUACAUGUUUUUGCAUGAUAGGCAACCAAAGAAUCUCAACGUGCUCUUCAGUAUCAUGCCACGGAUCUCUUUGGGAGUGAGGCCGCAGCUUUUGGAGCUGCGCUCUUUGAUGCGGAGUGUGCUGCCGCCAGACGGUACAGGUCAUUGCGUCCGGUUUUGUGCCCGGCAUGAGCUGGGCGGGUGCUUCAUGGAGGCAAAAGCGCCAGAUCCAGAGGGUUCUGCAGUGGCGGAGCCCCUUGAGCCACCGCUCCAGCGGGGAGAGGCCGUGAUCUUUGGUGAUGGCCGCCAGGGCGUGGUCACUCGGGCCUAUUUUCUAGAGGACAAAUAUGCCGUCCGUGCAGAUGGAGCCCACCGGGAGGUCAAGGGGCCGAACAACAGCUUUUUCUACUUUCGACGCCGAGACCUCCAGCGAGUUGUCCCCAUCAAUGGUGACAUCGACCCGAUGGAGUCGUCAGUGCCAAGCAACGGCGAGCCUCCGGAGAAGAAACCGCGAUUGGAUGCUGAGCCCCAGGAAGGACUUCAAGUUCCAGCAGGUCCACCACGCUUUGAGGGUCGCGUCAAAUGGUUCAGCAAAGAAAAGGGCUUUGGGAAAAUCCUGUCUUUGCAUCCUAAUGCGCAGGCAGAAGAGGUUUUCGUCCACAAGAGCCGCUUUGAUGGCGGGCCAGACGGACCUCACGCUCAGGCUGUGGCGGAGGGCUCGAUGGUCACCUUUGAGAUCAUCACCUCACAGGUGGAUGGAAAGCCCACAGCCUGUCACGUUCAGGUUGCUGGAGUGCGCUCCGGAAGUGGGUUGCCUGAAAAAUGGCCAGCCAGUCAGAAGGAGGCCCUGAUCCGAAAGUUGCUGAUCAAUGGAAUGCAGAUCGGCAGCUUCCAGGAGAAAGGAGUGGGCAAAGCACAGAUGGAGGACCGAAUGAUUGUUCGGGCUGGAAUCCCGGUCGAUUCGGUAGGCGCAAGCUGCAAGAAACCCAUCGUCUCACUCUUUGGCGUUUUCGACGGCCAUUCAGGGGCCUCAUGCAGCGACUUCGUUGCCACGAAUUUGGACCGCAUUGUCUUUGAGUGCAUCAGACACCAGACGAAAAGAGAGGUCAGCAGCGACAUGGCAAUACGGUCAGCUUUGCAAGCUGCAUUCCGCACAACCGAGCACAAUUUUUUCCAGUAUGCCAACAGGUUGGAGGCAGGUCCAGCGGCUGCAUGGGCCAACGCAGGAAGCACAGCCAGCACCUGCACAUUUUAUGGUCCAGACGAGGACGGUCGUUUGCGAUUAGCCGUGGCCAAUGCGGGAGACAGCCGCGCAGUCCUGGGACGAAAGGACUGCAGAGCCGUUCGAUUGUCAGAAGAUCAUACGCCAGACGUUCCAGGAGAGCGGAAACGAAUUGAAGCUGAGGGCGCCGCAGUUGUCCAAGCGAGUGGAAUUUGGCGCAUUGUCCUGCCGAGCAAGAAGGGCACAGGCCUAGCUGGCCUUUCUGUUUCACGUGGCUUUGGCGACAUUGAGUACAAAACUGGCGCAAAUGUCGUGAGUGCUGUGCCGGACAUUUUCAUUUCCACUUUGGAUCUCCGAGAGGAUUGCUUUGUGGUGAUCGCCAGCGAUGGGGUGUGGGGUCCGGUCACUGAUGGUGAGGCAGUUCGCAUCGUCGCCAGCGUCCUCCGAGAGGGUGGCGAGGAUCCAGCUGCAAACGCGGCGCGGCAGCUGUUGGAAGUGGCACAUCACCGUGAUGGCCAUGACGACAAGACGGUUCUGGUGAUUUGGUUCGGAGACUUGCCACUUCCACCACCUGUCGACAAAGUCUCUGCUUACCCAGCAGCGCGAGGCCGACCAGCCCCUGUUGCCCCCGGUUCAGACGACAUGUUCGCUGCAAGGGCUGGUGAGAGUGGAGACUUGGACAACCUUUUUGCCUCAUAUGCUAGGGAGAUUGGCAGCAAAGCGAGGUGAGCGAGGUGAUGACUUUCCAAGUCUGCCUAGCCAGCAAACCUCAGCGAAGUCACUUGCUGGGGCGAAUGCAUAGCAUUGAACGGCGGGCAA